GAUUUUCUUCUCGUUUCAGAACCUCUGAGCAUGGCGCAGCAAUGUACGGACGCAAAUGAGGCAUUCAGAGACCCCCUGCCAGCCGCGCAUUGUGCACAAAUUAACGGCGACGGUUCAAGCUCUUACGAAGUGGUCAACGGCGCGGCUGCUCCUGGCGUCCAAUUCCAUUCGCCUCCCAUCUUUAAUACCGACCCUACCGGGUUCGAUCCAGCGAGGCAGCACUAUUCACAGGAUAAUCUCAUCAAUGACAAUUUUCCUACCGAAUCCUGUCCAACACAGGCGCAAGUCCCAAAUGGAAAUACCAUGGACUGUCGCCCAAACAGAAAAUGCGAUUCUCUCAACUUUCUUCGCAGGAAACGCAAAGCGUCGGAGCUAAUCUCCAUUGACGAAGGAACUGAAAAUACUGAUGAACCUGUUGUCAACAGAUACUCAUUAAUUAGUAUUGUACAUGUAUGUGUGAUUCUGGCGUUUGCAGCAAUAUCCAUCAUGUCCCUAGUGUUCGCCACGAAGGUUCGGCAACAAAUUGAAGAUCUUCAGACAAAGUACGAUUCUUUGCAGACUGAAAAAGAGCCCAACGUCUGUUUGCCCUGCAUAGAGGUGGAAAGAGGCCCUUCGCCAGAAGACACACCGGAAUUAAAGGAUUUGUUGAAAAGGGUUGAAAAUGGACUAGAGGUGUGUUGCGCUAAGACCGGUGUCCAGUAUGCUCUGUUGCUCAAUCUGUUUUUUCAAAGACAGCACCCCAUAGAGUGUCCACUUGAGGACGAGAACCCACAAUCCACUCCUUGCAAUGACACUGCGUCCAAUGGUUCCGCCCCAUUUCCGCCUAUCCAGUCGCUAUACGGCAACGUGUCCGCUCAUUUGCAAGCCGGGAGUCAACUGGGCAACUUAGGUGGUGACAAACCUAUUCUUAACUGGCAGGUUGGUCAGGACAAUCCCGGAACACAUCUUACCAACAUCAACAUGUCACCUGACAAGAAAUAUCUAGUCAUUCCAUCAACUGGACGCUAUUUUCUGUACAGUCAAGUAGGGUUUCUCAUUUAUUACAAGGGCAACGUCACUGAACAAGAGCUACAGCCUCUGUCCCAUUACAUAUACCGUAGCAAUUUCAUCUACGCGACAGACCAACAACUUUUGCGAAGUGAUCUCACACAGUGUUGGGGCGAGGACAAAUACUACGGAAGAUACACAAGCUACGUCGGGGCGUCCGUUUUGUUGAACAAAGAAGACAAAAUAUACGUUGAAGUUUCGCAAAUCGAGCUUUUGUCAAGAGGUGAACGCAGUUUAACAUAUUUUGGUCUCUUCAAAAUGGGCUGAACCUGAUUAUACUUCGCGUGUAGAUACUUUAUUAAACGUCUUUCAAACCAAAAGGCAGCAUUUCCAGCCGCCUUAAAGCGUGGCCAUGCGUAUGUCAAAAAUCCCGACAGUUGCGUUGCUUACCAUGGCCUUUGUAGCACACAUCCAGUCACCCGGCCAUGCCUACUGCGGAGAUCAAUGGGACUGAGUAACGGUGACCCCUGAAAUGAACGGUGUCUUAGGUCCUGCAAACACAGUGCCAAACUCCAAGCAGCGGUUACUUCCCUUGCAGUAUGUUAACAUUACGCCAAGGGAGAUCACUGCGUAGGAGAUUGAUACAACACUUGAAGGGAGAUAAUGCCAAACCCCAAGCAGCGGUUACUUCCCCUUGCAGUAUCUUCUCGCUAAGGGAGGUCACUGCGUAUGGGAUUGGUAUAUACCUAGCCUAGCUACAAACAGUGCCAUUACCAGUAUGCCAGUAUUGUGUGGAGAAAAAACAAACUAAUCAUGCGAGAUCAUUAUGCUCAAAUUAUGAUGAUCCUGCUGCUGAGAAAACUUCCAGUCAUGUUUGAAUAAUAUGCUUAAGCUUACACAUGUAUAUACUCAUCUGCCUUGUAAAAAGGGCAGAAUAGCUUUAAGGGCCAAUACCAUUGCGUUGUUAUUUAGAAGCGUUUGUUAACACAUGUGACCGUCAUAUAGUUGGUUGUAACCCUGUGUACAAAUGAGUAUUGUAUUGCCUCUGGUAUAAUCAGAGUAUUUUCUGUUAUAUUUUUGUAUUCUCAUGAAUAUGAUAUGCUGUAUAUAUUAUUUCGUAAAAUAUAUGUCAUAUUUUGAAAAAUAAUUUUUAAUAAUUAAGAGUGUAAGUUUUAAUUCAUAAUUUUGUACAUUAUUUAAUUUUGCUGGCAAAGUUGGAAUGAAAACGUAACCGAAGAAUAAAGGUUUAUUUCAUUAAUUUGUACAUAAUUUAAUUAUAUUAUGAUGUUUUUCGUAUAAUGCUACGCAUAACGAAAAUAUAUAUGCAUGCUGUAUCGAGGGGUGAAAGCAAGAAGGUUUUAAGUGACAUUAACUCAGCAAUAAGAUAGAACCUUUAUGCUUUCACGUAUGCAAUAUCCAAAUGAAAUAUGCCGUUGCUCAUAAAAGGAACCUCAGAUCUCAAACAUAAGAAUGCUUGCAGGGAAUAUGGGACAUGUUAUAUAUGAAGGUUGAUAGCAAUGUCUGUCUGUAUGUUUGUCCAGCUGUUUAAUCAUACAUUGUGUAUUAGCAUACACAUUCAUGGUUGUGAGAUUUGCAUUUCGAAUUUUGUUUUGCUAUACAGAAUUUUCGCUGAAAUUUAUAAAUUAUAAAUUGAUGUUGUUUAUGAAAUACUUUGCAAA